UAGUUAUCUAAAUGGCUACUUCUAACACAAGUCUCUUCUUUUUCGCGUAUUUCCUACUCGUGUUCCUCAUUACUCCAUCUCAAUCGUCUCUGAGACGACAGGCUAAAACUCUAGUUUCAUUGAAACAAGCAUUUGUAGUAUCCUCUGUUCCUAGUACUCUGUCUACUUGGAACAUGUCAAAUUAUAUGUCUAUAUGUUGUUGGACCGGUAUCACGUGUGAUGAUACCAAAUCAGUAACUACCAUUGAUAUAUCCAAUCUAAACAUUUCUGGCUCUUUAUCACCUGAUAUUCAUGAGCUCACUAGACUUCGCGUUCUGAAUAUUUCUAACAACUUGUUAGGUGGAAAUUUAAGCUGGGAGUAUCGAAAGUUUAACGUACUUCAAGUGUUGGAUGCUUAUAACAACAAUUUCACUGGUCCACUCCCCUUGGGAGUUACUCAACUUCUGCAGCUGAAGUAUUUGAAUUUCGGGGGUAACUACUUUUCGGGGAAAAUUCCUUUGAGUUAUGGUAGUUUUAAUCAGCUUGAGUUCCUGUCUCUUGCUGGGAAUGACUUGCACGGUCCUAUACCAAGGGAGCUGGGCAACGUUACGAGCCUCAGGUGGUUACAGUUGGGUUAUUAUAAUCAAUUUGAUGAGGGGAUUCCGCCAGAGUUGGGGAAACUUGUUAAUUUGGUUCAUCUAGAUGUUUCUAGCUGUAACUUGACCGGUUCGAUUCCAGCAGAAUUGGGCAAUCUUGAUAUGUUGGAUACUCUUUUCUUGCAAAAAAAUCAACUUACUGGUGUAUUUCCUCCUCAGCUAGGGAAUUUGACAAGGUUAAAAUCUCUUGAUAUAUCCGUCAAUGAACUCACAGGAGAGAUACCAGUUGACUUGUCAGGACUCAAGGAGCUCACAUUGUUGAACCUCUUUAUCAACAAUUUGCACGGUGAGAUUCCUGGAUGUAUCGCGGAGCUGCCAAAGUUGGAAAUGUUGAAUCUUUGGAGGAAUAAUUUCACUGGAUCGAUUCCUUCUAAGCUUGGGAUGAACGGUAAACUAGUUGAAGUUGAUCUUUCUAGUAAUAGACUCACUGGCUUGAUACCAAAAUCUCUAUGCUUUGGGAGGAAUUUGAAAAUCUUGAUUCUGCUUGAUAAUUUUCUGUUUGGACCUUUACCUGAUGAUUUUGGGCAGUGUCGAACCUUGUCCAGAGUCAGAAUGGGACAGAAUUACUUGAGUGGAUCAAUACCAACAGGGUUUCUUUAUUUGCCUGAGUUGUCACUGGUGGAACUGCAGAACAACUACAUCAGUGGACAACUCUCCAACGAGAAAAGCUCAGCGUCUUCUAAACUUGAAGGGCUGAACCUGUCGAACAAUCGCUUGUCUGGUGCACUUCCCAGUGCUAUUGGAAACUAUUCAGGGCUGAAGAAUCUUGUGUUAACUGGAAAUGGUUUCUCAGGAGAUAUCCCUUCUGAUAUUGGCAGACUAAAAAGCAUCUUAAAGCUGGACCUGAGUAGGAACAACUUCUCUGGCACAAUCCCCCCUCAGAUUGGUAACUGUCUUUCCUUAACUUACUUGGAUUUGAGCCAAAAUCAACUUUCUGGUCCUAUCCCAGUUCAAAUUGCUCAAAUUCACAUCUUAAAUUACAUCAAUAUUUCCUGGAAUCACUUCAACGAUAGCCUUCCCGCAGAGAUUGGCUCGAUGAAGAGCUUAACUUCAGCAGAUUUUUCCCACAAUAACUUAUCUGGAUCAAUACCUGAAACAGGACAAUAUUUAUAUUUCAACUCAACUUCCUUCAUUGGCAACCCUUAUCUCUCUGGAUCCAACUCGACUCUUAGCAACAUUACAUCCAACUCACCGUCAAAACUUGGAGACGGAAGUGACAACAGAACUAAGGUUCCAACAAUAUACAAGUUCAUAUUUGCAUUUGGGCUCUUAUUCUGCUUCCUCAUUUUUGUUGUCUUAGCAAUAAUCAAGACAAGAAAGGGGAGUAAGAAUUCAAAUUUGUGGAAGCUGACAGCAUUUCAGAAGCUUGAAUUUGGAAGUGAAGACGUCUUGCAGUGCUUGAAAGACAACAACGUCAUAGGGAGAGGUGGAGCAGGGAUAGUGUAUAAAGGAACUAUGCCAAAUGGUGAUCAUGUCGCGGUGAAGAAGUUGGGAAUAAGCAAAGGUUCACAUGAUAACGGCCUAUCUGCUGAACUUAAAACAUUAGGAAAGAUCAGGCAUAGGUACAUUGUGAGACUGCUCGCGUUUUGUUCAAACAAGGAAAUCAACUUGCUAGUUUAUGAGUACAUGCUAAAUGGAAGCUUAGGUGAAGUGCUUCAUGGGAAGAACGGCGGGCAACUCCAAUGGGACACUAGGCUAAAAAUUGCCAUAGAAGCUGCCAAGGGACUUUCUUAUUUGCACCAUGAUUGCUCCCCUAUGAUAAUCCACCGCGAUGUCAAGUCCAACAAUAUAUUGUUGAACUCUGAACUUGAAGCUCAUGUUGCAGAUUUUGGAUUAGCCAAGUACUUUCAUAAUAAUGGUACUUCUGAGUGCAUGUCUGCAAUUGCAGGGUCUUAUGGCUACAUUGCUCCAGAAUAUGCAUACACGCUGAAAAUUGAUGAGAAAAGCGAUGUGUAUAGCUUUGGAGUGGUGUUGUUGGAGCUUAUAACAGGACGAAGGCCAGUUGGAAAUUUUGGAGAAGAAGGAAUGGACAUUGUACAAUGGGCGAAAACGGAGACAAAUUGGAGCAAAGAAGAGGUGGUGAAAAUCUUGGAUGAGAGGCUAAAAAAUGUUGCAAUUGUAGAAGCUAUGCAAGUAUUUUUUGUAGCAAUGCUUUGUGUUGAAGAGUACAGCAUUGAGAGGCCUACAAUGAGGGAAGUAGUCCAAAUGCUUUCUCAAGCUAAACAACCAAAUACUUUCCAAAUCCAAUGAUCUAAUUGUGGCUCUACUAAUUCAUAUA